AUGCAGAUAUUCAAAGUCUCCCCGACCAUAAGCAUCAACUACACCAUACACAAGUACGGGCCGGGGUCGAACUACAGCACGGCCACCACCCCGCCCGAGGAGCUGGGCAUCUGGGUGAUCCUGAUCGGCGGGCUCGGCGACACAGAAGUGACAUGGGAGGCGCAGAUCACGGCCUUCAUCAACGCAGGCUACUCGGUGCUGACGUUCGACAACCGUGGGGUCGGGGGUUCCUCGCGGCCGGCGUCGACCGCGCACGACGACGUCCAGUGGACGGCCGCGGACAUGGCGUCCGACCUGCGCGCCCUCGUCAAGCACCUCGACCUCCCGCGGUACCACGUCAUGGGCAUCUCGAUGGGCGGCAUGAUCGCGCAGGCCUACGCCCUCAAGUACGCCCGCCUGCCGGCCGACGGCUCUGCGACCACUCGUACGGGCGACGUUGUUGAAGGAGGAGGGGCGGGGGCAGGGGCAGGGGCAGGUGCCGGCCUGGAUCGGGACGAGGCCAACCUCGUGAGAAAGGACGAACUCAUCUCGCUCACGCUGACGUGCACGUACGCGGCCCCUGGCCCGUUCUGCACGCGCAUGUUCUCGCUGUGGCGCGACAUGGCGACCCGCAUGUCCGUGGCCGACGCGAGCCGCGAGGUCCUGCUCUGGUGUUUCACCCCCGAGUGGUUCGCCGACCCGACGCAGCAGGACCUGGUGAGGGCCAUGGACGAGGUCACGGCCGACGCGGACCGCGACAUGGGCCUCGCCGCUUAUUUGGCCCAGUUGAACGUCAUCACCAAGUUUGACAGUCGAGCCGUCGUGGGUAGACUUGGACGAGGACGAGGGGGAGGAGGAGGAGCUACUGCAGGAGCUGCAGGAGCAACGACAACUACAGAGAAAGAAGCAGGGAAUCCCCCGUCGUCGUCGAAUGCCAAUCCCAUGAGCGUCUUCGUCCUGGUGGGCGAGAGGGACUGCUUGAUCCCCCACUGCCAAUCCAGGGAGCUGUGCGACCUGGUCGACGGUGCCGAGUGGGUCGUCACCAAGGGCGCGCACACGUGCAAUUUCGAGAGUCCCGACGAGUUCAACGAGAAUGCCCUCAGGUGUUUCAAAAUCGCCGAGGAGAGGUUUUGGUCGUGA